AUGAUAUCAACGCAAGUGAUGUCUGGUGUGGGAGACAUGGGUUCGGACAGUGCAUCGGAUGGUGUGGUGCAGAAGGGCUGCCCUUUCUGUGCCAUCGCUAACAAGCAGUCAUCCAAUGAAACCACACUUUUAUAUGAAGAUAGCAAUUAUGUGAUAAUCCGCGACAUCCGUCCGGCUGUGGAUCACCACUACUUACUUAUCACUAAAAAACACAUUAAAAAUGCCAAACAAAUGAAGACUACGGAAGGCAUUGAAAUGAUUAAGGAAAUGAAGAGAAUUGGUGUGCAGUUCAUGUCCUCUAAAGGAUUAACUAAUGAAACAGAUGAAAUGAAUGCCAUUAGAGUUAAAAGCGUGAAGAAGAGCGAGAAAGUGGUCGAUAUCCAUAGUUCGGGCUCUUUUCGAGUCAAACUCAUUGUCGGUAAGGAUUUGUUGUAUUUUCGCUUUAAUGUCAAAGUCAUCAUCGAUUGCGAUAUUCUCAACAAUCCGUCCCACUCUUUGAAGUUGAUAUCUGGCGGCGGAUUAAUGGGUUCCAAACGGAUUACACUGGACUCCACUUUAGGCGGCGGCCGGAAGUUGUUUUUGGCCACUUUCAUGAGUAUAUCCACUCUCGCCAACAGCUGUGUGUUCACCGAUAGUCUGCAAUACAACUUAUCGCCCGGUUUUGCGACCAGUCUUUGGGCGAACUCUUUCUGA